CGCUGGUGAAUAGUGCAGUAAGCUAGAAUGAGAAAAAAUAUACUUGUCCUACUCUAACUUGUUGCACUAGUUCACCAGUGUAGCAACAGACAACAAGCCUAUUGUGUAACAAUAAUUUGAUAGAAAUAUUAACACAUAUACAUAGAAACAUUAAUAAUAUUUCAAAUUUAAUACGUUUAAUGCUACAAUAGGAAUCCGUUUUGUUAACAAAGUCCAUUUUGUAAAAUUGACAAACAAUCGGACCAGGUCACAGGUGCACGGACUCUCUCAGAUUCGCACGUGCUUCCACGCUGCGAACAGCUGACGUGCGAGGCAGGGGAGAGUCGCUCAGCUGAUGCGGCUUGAAACGAGACGAGUAUGUCGUCGGACGAGGAGAACGACGAGUUGCAAGACCUGGAGGCGAUACGCGACAAGAUUCUCAGCAGCCCGCGUAGCGAGCGGAUGCAAGUGAGCGCCUGGGAGGACGACGACGACGGUGUCGAGGCGGAACGCAAUGCGAGAGAGCCUGACGCGAAGGCGAUAUUGAGCGCCGCCGAGGAGGGAGAUCUGGAGGAAAUUCAGAGAUUAUUGCUCAAAAACCGCCUCUUACUGGACUCCACGGACAAGGACGGCUAUACUCCGCUUCACAGGGCGUGUUACGGCAAUAACGUGGAAGUCGUCGAGCAUCUGCUCGAAGCCGGGGCGAGAGUAGACGCCAGGACUCAAGACGAGUGGCAGCCGUUGCACUCUGCGUGCUGCUGGAACAACACGAAGUGCGUCGAGGCCCUGAUCGCAAACGGAGCGGACGUGAAUGCGAAGAGCAAGGGGGAACAAACGCCAUUACACCUGGCUUCCGCGAGCUCGCACAACUCCCCCGUCCUGCAGCUCCUUCUGCUGCACCCCGACACGAAUCCCCAUCUGGCUAACUCGACCGGAGACACGGCGGAACAGAUUGCGAGGAGGAUGACGAAGUAUUAUCCCAUGUACGAGAUAAUUGAGCCCUGCCUGAACGAGAUCUGAGGUAAACAACUGCGGGUUUGUGCGCUGGACAUAAAUGAGACGUCGCCCUAAUGCAGUGAAGAUUUAUUCGAUAUACAUAUACAUAUAUACAUACAUUUGCAUAGUGGUAUCAGCGAGAGGAAUGCAAACAUUGGAGAAACGUUCGUUCGUACAAACGCGUCUGUCGUGUAUUAUGUUGCAUUAUGUAAUUACCCUAUAAAAAUUUAUAUGUAUAAAUUAUAGCACUGACCAAUGAGAUGUACAAUCUAUACGAAUGCAUGAUCCAUAGAAAAAUUUAUAUAAAAAUAUAAUGCAAAAUAUAUAAUUACGGGUGUACACUCGUAUUAUAUCGGGAGAAUCGAUAAAAAUAAUA